UCAUCACCCUUAUACUUUCAACAUGCCCACCUACUUCAUUGCUGGUGCCAACAGAGGCAUUGGCUAUAGCUACGUCAAGCUCCUCUCUGCCGACCCAUCCAACUUGGUCAUUGCCACCGUGCGUAACCACCAUGACCAAUCCUUGCAGGAUCUCAAGCGGCCCAACUUGAAAGUCGUCCACGUCGAUAUGACCGAUCCGUACGCCACUUUUGUGGAAGCGUUCCGGCCCAUCGAGAAAUGGGCACCAGAUGGUGUUGAUGUGAUGAUUCACAACGCGGCGGUUAUCGGAAGCCCUUUGUUUGUGCCAAUUGAACAAUACGACGUUGACAAGUACCCCCACCUCUUGUCAGUCAAUGUCGGGGGGCCUGCCAAAACGUAUAAGGCGUUAUAUCCGUAUAUCUUCAAAGGAAAGCACCCCAAACGCAUUGUGUUUAUUUCGAGUCUCAUGGGACAGUUUGGUUUGUCUAUGCAUGCAAAUGCCUAUGGGGCAGCCAAAGCCGGCCUCAACCAUUUGGGUGUCCAGAUCGCGGGACAGAAUGCUACCGCCGACAACCAGUUGAUCAGGGAGUCUGUGACAGUGUUGGUGCACCCGGGGGAGGUGGAUACCGAUGGGGCCGCGGAAGGUAAAACGCUUCUUGCACCAGAUCAGUUUAUUACUCCAGACCACUCGGCGAGUGAAACCUUAAAGCUUGUCGAUCGGUUGACAGUUGCCGAUUCGGGCAAGUUUUUUGUUUACAAUGGACAAGAGAUUCCAUUUUAGGAGACAGUUUUUUAGUUGGAUUGAGUUUAUAGUGAAUGGAACUUUGAGAAAGUGGCUGCAAACAGGUAGACAGCCAUAUGAAGUCUU